CAUGAUAUAAAAUGACAUGAUGCCAUUGCUAGGCAUGGGCUUGUGCGGGCGCGUCUUUCUCUUCUCGUCGGGAAAAAGCGUGCCGCUGCAAGCCAGCCGACGAGCUGAAUGUAUAUCCCACCGUGUCGGAACUAGCUCAUCAAUCCACCUCGCCAUUUCAAGCUCAGCCACUUCCCCACCCCUCUCCCAUCCCCACAUCCCCACUCCAAGCACGGCAACACCUGCUUGACCUCGCACUCGCUGUCGAGGCCCUCCUCUCCUCUGCUUCACGCGCGCGGUGCAAUAUUUAUAGGCAGCCCCGGGCGAGUCAAGCGGGCCGGGGAGGAAGAAGACAACCAGCUAGCUAGGGAAGCACACGCCCACGGCGCAAGAAUACAAACAGGCCGGUGAUCUAGGUCGCGGAAGCGGAAACAGACAAGCACGACGACGACGGCUCGUCGUCGCAGUUAGCUAGCUAGACAAACGAAGAAGCAGUUGGGACAAGUCCAAGAGGAGGAGAAGAAGAAGAAGCUCACGCACGCGCGCGCACGCGGCCGUCCAUGGCGUGUAGCUGCUGUAGCAAGAGGCCCAGACCAAUGAUUGCCAAGUUUGUCCCCUUGCUGCUGGUGCUGUUCGUCGCGUCGUGUUCAUGGUCAGCGUCGGCGGACAGGAGCAGCGGCGGCAGGGGCAACGGCACGCAGACCACGCAGUUCCGUUCCGGAGACGAGCUGCGGGCGUACCGGAGGAUCCUGGCCAGGAUGGACAGGUUGAAGAAGGCGUCCGUCAAGACGAUUCAGAGCCCCGACGGCGACGUCAUCCACUGCGUGCCGGCGCACCAGCAGCCGGCGUUCAACCACCCGAAGAUGAGAGGCCAGAAGCCUGAGGACGAGCCAGAGGAGAGGCCCAAGAUGAGUGCCGACGCCGCCGAGGAGGAACCGGUGUUCACGCAGGCGUGGAGCGACGGCGGCGAGUCGUGCCCCAGCGGGACGGUGCCGAUACGGCGGACCACGGAGCGCGACCUGCAGCGGUACUCCGGCUCCCUCCGGCGGUACGGGAUGAAGCCCCGCGCCAGCGUCGUGCGCCGCGACUCCACCAGCGACGGCCACGAGCAUGCGGUGGGGUACGUGACCGGGGAUCAGUUUUACGGGGCGAAGGCGAGCCUGAAUGUGUGGCCGGCGAAAGUGGCGUCGGCGGCGGAGUUCAGCCUCUCCCAGAUCUGGGUCAUCUCCGGCACCUUCGGCAACGACCUCAACACCAUCGAAGCCGGAUGGCAGGUGAGCCCAGAGCUAUAUGGAGACAACAGCCCACGGUUCUUCACGUACUGGACGAGCGACGCGUACCAGGCGACGGGGUGCUACAACCUGCACUGCUCAGGCUUCAUCCAGACCAACAGCCGAAUCGCCAUCGGCGCCGCCAUCUCGCCGGCGUCGGCGUACAACGGCCGGCAGUUCGACAUCAGCCUGCUGCUGUGGAAGGACCCGCGCCGCGGCCACUGGUGGCUGCAGCUGGGGUCGGGCCCGCUGGUCGGGUACUGGCCGUCGCGGCUCUUCACCCACCUCGGCGGCCACGCCAACAUGGUGCAGUUCGGCGGCGAGGUGGUGAACACGCGGCCGUCGGGGUCGCACACGCCCACGCAGAUGGGGAGCGGCCACUUCCCCCGGGAGGGCUUCAACCGCGCCGCCUACUUCCGCAACGUGCAGGUGGUGGACUGGGACAACAACCUCAUCCCGGCCAGGAACCUCCGGCUCGUCGCCGACCACCCGGCGUGCUACGGCAUCCAGGGCGGCUACAACCGCGCCUGGGGCAACUACUUCUACUACGGCGGGCCGGGACGGAACGUACGGUGCCCGUAGCUAGCCUAGCGCAAACCGGCGACAGGAGGAGGAGGAGAUCGAUGUCGAUCGAUCAGCUUACAACACUGAUCGCUGCUCAUUCUUAAUUACUACUAUUACUGCGUGCUGAUAUAUCAUUACCAAACGGAGUAGCUUGUGGUUACUGAAAGUUCUCGGUCGAGAUGAUAGCCGGGGUGCUUCUUUUGAUAUGGUUAGGGCUUAGGGCUUGGUGUUUCUUAGCUACUACGUACGUGUAUACCAACAAACUGAUAUAUAGAGAGUGUUGUGAUUUUUUUUAUUUUA